GAACAUUUCUAUGAUGGUGAAAGUGGCAGUGGCUAUCUGGCAUGGCGGCUCAAAACUAUACAGAGGAGAAGUGCUUCAUCAGAAAGCAGAGGAUCAUCACGUCAGCUGACUGGAGGACCAGCAGCCAGAAGAGAGGCUUCCUUAAGUCCUGAGAUGACCUUAAGUGAAGAGCAAUGCAAGGAGGCCAUGGCCUUAAUGAGAUACUGUACUGACGAGGCUACUAUCAAGCAGAAGAUGAAAAUGACAUUUCAACAUCGUCGCAGUAUGGUCCUCGAUGGAGAGAAAUCCUCAGAUGUCUUGACUGAAUUUCCCCGCUUCAAAGAUGUCAAAGGCCUGAUUGAGCAAGAUUUCAUCCUGCAGUUUGGAGAAGAUGUAGCUGCAAGAUUUAUGGAAAGGUGGCCAACAAUAUUCAAGCAAAAAGUCAUUCAGCAGUGUAAGGCUCUCCCUUCUACAAGUGACCUUGAAGAGCUUAUCCAUUGUGCUGAAGCUACACUGGAUGAAGAGGAAAUUGAUGACACUCUUGCCCUUGGCUGGGACAGUGAUCUUUCAUCCAUUAUCCUCCUCCUCCACCUGAUACCUCCUUCAGCCCAAGGCCGGAAAAGACCAGGCAAGGUGUCAGCAGCCCAAGCUGAGAAACAUCUUGUCGUGUUCAAGAAGAGUGGAACGAGUAUUCAAGAACAUGUUGAUGCAAUCAAAUGCACCACUCAGCCAUAUCUUCUUGCUGUUGGGAUGAAGAGGAGCACCAUCCAUGAGUUCUUCAUCAUUCUGGACAAGCAGGUCAUACCGUGCAAGUCAUCCAGUACCCUCGGAGCUUUUGACGAACUCUUUAAAGCACACUUUGUAUUUGGUACCAUGUACAACCAGAUGCUCCACAACAUGUACACCUUCAUUCAGACAACCAUUUACAACAUAGAUAUUGGUCAAGUCCAGGAGAGCCCACGUGUUGCUGAGGUUAGGGCCAGGCUGCUGCACUAGUUAAUAGAUGACUCAGGGUCAGCAACAUAUUUGUCACUUUUCACUAAAAGCUAUUGUACCUGUAUUUUGAGUGAUUUUCCCAUGUCACUCAGCCUUAAUUGAUAUCAUGGGCCUGAUUUGUUUUGUUUGCCACUGUCAUUUUGUGGGAACCAAUGCCCUUGUGAGGCAUUUGCGGUUGAUUCAUGGUUUAUAUCCAGGUAAAUCACUUCGCCUAAAAUGUGCUCAGGGAGGAUGUUGUCGUGUUCUUAGUACCUUUUCAGGUUUCAGGAAACAUUUAAACUGUAAACAUGCUGAGAACAUUGAGAGUGAAGCUGAAACUGAUAACAUUGUAGACAGUUAUGAUGCUGCAGAUGAUACUCAGCCACAACAUUUUGAAGGAGCGGCCAGUAGCUCUAAUGUCCUGCCAGCACCCAACAUCAGUACUCGUGAUAUGUGUGCAUCUGCUAUUGCGCAGCUUCAGGUUGCUGGUGUAGGCCAGUCCACUUUAAACAAUUUUGUAUCAUCCAUGGAAGAAGUAAUAAUGGAGGUACAGAGUCAAACUAAAGAUGCAGCUUUGAAAUGUUUAUCUUCUCAGGAUACAGAUGUGAAAGCUAAAAUUGAACAAACUUUUAAAACACUUGAAAACCCUUUUACUGCAUUGAACACUGAAUCAAAACGUAAUGCAUAUUUUAAACAAAAAUGGAAAACUGUUGAACCUGUUGAAAAAGUACUUGGUGUCAGAUUUGAAAAUAGAAGAAACAGAAGCACCGGAACUUAUGAUCAAGUAGUUGUAACUGACAAAUUUGCCUAUGUUCCAAUUCUAGAAACAUUACAGUCUAUUCUCAGAAAUCCAAACGUCAGUGAUAUGUUGUCAAGCCACACUCCCAAGGACGGUGUGUAUUUUGACAUAAAUGAUGGGUUGCAUGUGAAGAGACAUCCUCUUUUUUCUCAAAAAAAGAACGCAUUGCAAAUUCAGCUAUUUUUUGAUGAGUUCGAGACUACAAAUCCAUUAGGCUCCAAAAAGGGUAUACAUAAAUUGGGGGGUAUAUAUUUUACGCUGAGAAAUUUUCCGCCAAAGUUAAAUUCAUGUUUAAUCAACAUACAUUUGUGUGCACUCUUUCAUGCCCAGGACAUUAAAACCUAUGGUUUUGACACCAUCCUUGAGCCAAUCAUAAAUGACUUGAAAGUGCUUGAAACUGAUGGGAUCAAAGUUCCCUUGUUCAAAGAUGCAGUUCAUGGCAGUAUUGUGCAGGUUACCGGCGAUAAUCUCGGUAUACAUGGACUGUUUGGGUUUGUGGAAUCGUUCAGUGCCCGGAAUUGCUGUCGUUUUUGUAUCAUUGAGAAGAGUGAAUUUCAAACUGUGUUCUGUGAAGAGGACCAAAGUGUGAUAUUACGGACUAAAGACAUGCUUGCUGAACAUUGUCAUACUAUACAAACAAAUCCACAGCUACCUCAUGUAUAUGGUGUGAAGCGUUCAUGUUUGUUAAACAAUCUGCAAUAUUUCAACACAGCUGAUAAUUUUUCCGUAGACCUCAUGCAUGACAUUUUAGAGGGUGUUGCACAGUUAGAAGUGAAACUCGUAUUGGAGUAUUUACAGGAAAACUUCUUAACUGCUAAAGAACUGGCCAGUAGAAUAGAGUCAUUCAACUAUGGGUACACUGAGAGGAGAAAUCGCCCCCCUGCAGUCAAGUUAUUUGAUGGAAGCAACGAUUUGGGCCUGAACGCCAUUCAGUCCUGGUGUUUACUGCGAAACAUGCCGUUGAUAUUUGGUGAUCUAGUGCAGAGAGACAAUGAGUACUGGCAUCUGUUAAUGUUGUUGCUGCAGAUAGUAAAUAUUGUUUUUUCUCCCAUCCUAACAACUGGUAUGACCAUCUUUCUGAAGCACAUCAUUAUUGACCAUCAUCAGCUUUUUAAACGCCUCUUUCCUACUAGAAAUCUCUUGCCUAAGCAUCAUUUCAUGAUUCACUAUCCUCGCUGUAUAAGAAAUAUAGGACCACUCCUGCACAUGUGGUGUAUGCGUUUUGAGGCAAAGCAUAACUUUUUCAAAACUCAACUCAAAAGUUUCAAAAAUAUCACAAAGACGUUGGCCAGAAAACACCAGAAAUACAUGUCCUUGCAUUGGGAAUCUUUCAGCCUGAGCAGAGUAACUAUUGGUCCAGGAAAAAUGUUACAGAUUGCAGAUUUGCAAGAAGGUCCUGAAAUUGCUGCCAAACUAAAUGUAGACACAUGCGCCAAUGUUCUUUUGGUGAAAUGGGUAAAGCAUUAUGGUUCUGAAUAUCGCCCUGGUUUAGUAGUGUGUCUUGAGAUUAAUGAGGAGUUGCCAGUAUUUUGCAAGAUCAGCACUAUUGUUGUGAAAGAUGAGCAAGUUGUAUUUAUUGGCUCCGGUGUGGAAACUAUUUGUUUUGACGAACAUUUCCAUGCAUUUAAAGUUUUGUACAAGCCAUCCCAGGCACCUAAGGUGUUCAGUGUUCAAGAGUUGCUCUAUUUUAAACCAAUGGAUGUUCAAAUGGCAUAUGGUUCAACAGAUGUUUCCCUGUAUGUAGUACCAUAUUGCCAUAUGAUGCAGCCUUAACCAGAGUUUUUGGUUUUGACUGUGUAUUCCCUCUCACUGAAAAUCAUUGACUCGUCAUUGUUUCCUGAGGGUGGAUUGUUUUAUUAAAGCAAAAGUCAUUUUUUGUUAUUCAAUUUUGGAUACAUUUCUGUCGUCUGAUAGAUUCCAACCAAGAUCUUUGCCACUAAUAGUGAAGGUUUUUGUAAAGGAGCGUUUUGCAGACCUCCAUUUGUCUGUAUUUGUUGUGAAAAACAUCUGUACACAUACACUGUACUCACAUAUUUCAUUGACCUAUUUGAAAGAUUUUGGUUUGACUUGGUUGAUUGUUUCCAAGUGAUGGCAAAGUUUGCUCUUGGUUUAACACUGCUGAAAUUAUUCAAUGUGUAGUGUUAUAAAUGCACUUUAAAGACAUUUUCAUGGCUGUGAGAAAUGUCAAUACAGUAUUAUGCAGUUUAACAUGUACCAAGAGAUUUUCUCCAGCGUUCAACUGAACAUAUGUUUUUAUAAUGGAGACUGUGAUAAGGUUUGAGCUUUUAAAUGUUUACUUUUAAUGCCAAUAUUUCAUGUUUACUUGGAAUAAAUAUGUAUUAAGGCAUGGAUACAAUUGUGUGUUUUUUCCCCAUGCAAGUUUUGUGUCAUAUCACUGGGACUGCACAAGUAGAUCAUAUGUAACACUGGUAGGAGUUGGUUAAAAAUCAACACUCGUUGGAGUAAUUUCAUAAUCAACAUAGUGUAAAAUAGGUUUAACACUGGAAAAGUUAUUUCUUAACACUUAACUCUUUAGUGUUAAAUGUGAAUAACACUAUGGGUGUUACUUCUUACAUAGUGUAAAAAUUGUUUGACACUUCAUAGUGUGGUGUAGUGUAAAAUAUUAACUCUUACCAGAGUAAAAUUGACUCUGGAAAUUUAACUCUGUGUUCAGUGUACAUUUUACACUCUGUAGAUAGGGACCAUAUGUU